UAUAAAAUGGCUCAACCGGAAACCGAACCCCUGCCGAAAAUCGCUCCGCCGUCGUCUUCUUCUUCAGUUUUCCAAUCCUUCUCUUCUUUCAUACAUUAGCUAUACUCCGGUCAGCUCCGCCGCCGCUGCCCUUUCGGAGUCGCCGGCGUUCGAUUCAUCAAAGUGCUCUGCCGACCGUCAAAGUGGCUUCCGACUUCAGCUUGGUAAGGGGGACCAAGCUAACUGGAGCCGGACAGAGUUCGCCGGCCCUAACCGGAAUAUGUCGGCCGGCGACUUUCCAAAUAAAAGGGUUUUGAAGCAUCCCCUACAUAAUUUCUCAUUUCCGACGAUGAGUUGGGGCCGGCAUCGGAUCUUCCGCUGCGUGAACUCCAUCGUUGAAACCGGGCUCUCGGAUGCUGUAUCGAAGGAUAUGGAGAUCCGGAGAGAUGGCCAUUGCAGGAGGGUUCAGAGCAGUACACCUCCGGCUGGCGGAUUCAUUGAGAAGGAGGCCCUCGCUGCGGCUGCGACGACCACGACUAUGCCGUGGAAUCUUAGGAAACGGCGUGCAGCGUGUCUUACUCCGGGUGAGAAAGGCGGAAGUCGGUACUCUAUGAUUCCUCCUUCUCAUUUGCAGUUUGGAAGGGAUGAUCCAGGUAGAGCCGAUCAAAUGUUGGAGGGCGGGGGACAGAAGCGGCGGUGGAGGUUCUCUGUAUCUCUUUCGCGUGAGGAGAUUGAAGCGGAUUUCUACGUAUUCAAGGGGAUGAAACCCUCUCGACGGCCCCAAAAGAGGCCUAGGAUUGUGCAGCGAAAACUCGAUGGGCUUUUCCCUGGCUUGUGGCUGGAAGGGGUCACAUUGGAUUCAUACAUAUUAGACUACCAAGAUUAAUCAAAGAAGGUGCCAUAGGAUGGCUUUCUAGGGACAAAGCUUUUCUAUUACUUCAGGUUAUGCCAGCUCAUUAGACCUAUGAUCUCGGUGUGAAUGAUUCUGUAGCAUGCCACAUCAAUUUGUAAAUUUGACAGGUUGCAGAGCUUGCUUGCGUUUUGGUCUUAUCAACUUCCGCAAGUUUUUUGAUUGACUAAUUUCUGCCGCAUUCUCUUAGACUUCUAUCCAAGUUUAGGGUUAUUGCUUGGAG